UCUGAAAUAAAUUAUGUAUUUACAAAAAAAAGCAAAAGAAGGCCGAAAGGUUCCAAGUUACAUUAUCUCCUUACGUAAUUAACCAGCAUGCAAAUGAGAUUGUCAGAGUACCGGUUUCACUUUUAUCGUAAGAAAUUCUAUCUUUUUCGAACUACCAUCGUUGAAAUAUUUCAUAGAAGCACGAGAAAUUAGGUAAUAGUUUUCGAAAUACCGCUUUUCGUCGAAGAAUUCGGUGAAUCAUUAGCGAGAGUCGUCGAUACCAUUCAAGGGUGAUACAGACCAGUUGCAAGGCAGCUCACGUUCCGAGAUGUAUCCCGGAUAUUUACGCAACGAAUCGAUGAAUCAAAGCAGUCCCAAAAUGUCGUCAGAAGAGCCCUUGGUUGUCGAGGCAGUUCACCUGUACGAGAAAGAGAAUGCUACCAGUCAUCGAACGAUCAAUUACGAAUUGGUACAUUUAGACCCACCGAUCCCUGUGCUCAGAAGAGGUCAACCAUUCAACGUUGCUCUGAGAUUCAAUCGAGAAUACUUGGACGAGACUGAUAUCGUUAGAUUGCUAUUUAGCUUUGGACCGAACCCGAACGUCCUCCGAGGUACCAGAGGUGUGAACACCAUAACUAACAGGGACACUUACUUGACCGAUCUGGAGGCAUGGGGCGUAAGGAUGGUCGGUGUCAGUGGCAUGGAUUUAUCCGUGGAAGUGAGAAGUCCGAUCGAUAGCCCUAUUGGCAUAUGGCAAUUGAAUGUCGAGACCACGAUAGUGGGCAGCAAGAAGGCGCCGAAUACUUUUAAUUAUCAGAAGGAUAUUUAUCUGCUGUUUAAUCCAUGGAUCAAAGAGGACAUAGUGUAUAUGAAGGACGAACAGCUGUUGGACGAGUACGUUUUGAACGAUGUUGGAAAGAUAUGGGUCGGUCCAUGGGGUAGUUCACGGGGCAGAGAAUGGGUUUUCGGCCAAUUCGAUGCCUGUGUUCUUCCAGCUUGUCAAUUGUUGCUCGAAAGAUCAGGCAUUAAAGCUAUUUCCAGAGGAGAUCCCAUUAAGAUGUGUCGAGCUAUUUCAAGAAUCGUGAAUUCGAACGACGACAAAGGUGUCAUUACCGGACGUUGGGACGGCGAAUAUGGCGACGGUACGGCGCCGGCGACGUGGACCGGAAGCGUGCCGAUUUUGGAACAAUUCUUAGAAACCGGCGAGUCGGUGAAAUAUGGGCAAUGUUGGGUAUUCGCUGGCGCUGUCACCACCAUAUGCCGCGCUCUUGGAAUACCAUCGAGGGUGGUGUCGAAUUUGGUAUCGGCUCACGACGCGAACGCUUCCCUCUCCGUCGAUCGUUAUUACGACAAAGACAACGAGGAGCUCGGUUAUGAUCCGCAGAAUCCGAAUUUUGACGAAGAUUCAAUUUGGAAUUAUCACGUUUGGAACGACGUAUGGAUGGCUAGGCCCGAUUUGCCGAAAGGAUACGGAGGCUGGCAGGCUAUCGAUUCUACUCCUCAAGAACCCUCCGAGGGUGUUUAUCAAUGCGGGCCAGCUUCCGUUGAAGCAAUUAGAGAAGGUGCUGUUGGAUAUAAUUACGAUAUUACUUUCAUGGUGGCUUCGGUGAACGCUGAUCUAAUGAGAUGGAAGGAAGAUUCCGAAAGCGAGCUGGGAUACUCUAAAAUUGAUUGUAACAAAUAUCAUAUCGGUCGUAUGAUUCUGACGAAAGCACCUUGGAUCUUCGAUCCCAAUGGUGACAGAGACCGAGAGGAUAUAACGUCAUUGUACAAAGCGAAAGAAGGUACCGAAGCGGAACGUCUGACGUUAUACAGAGCAGUGCGAAGUACGGAAGUGGCGAAAAGAUUUUACUCCUUACCCUCGCCAGGAAAGGAAGACGUUGAAUUCGAUCUCGUAGACUUGGAACGGGUGAAUAUCGGUCAACCGUUCGCCGUGACUGUCAACAUAAAGAACAAAUCGAAUCAGCCAAGAACCAUUCAAGCCAUUCUGUCUGCCGGUAGCGUGUACUAUAACGGGGUCAAGGCGAACCUAGUGAAAAGAGCAUCCGGUGACUUCACCCUUCAACCAAACGCCACCGAACAGCUGAAACUCACGGUCACGGUGGACGAUUAUUUGGACAAGCUCGUGGAGUACUGUAUUAUGAAACUGUAUUGCAUUGCCACUGUCAAGGAGACCAGGCAAACAUGGGCUGACGAGGAUGAUUUCCAGGUUUUGAAACCGAGCAUUGUGGUGAAGAUCGAUGAUGAACCAAUGGUAGGAAGACCAUCGACGAUCUCCCUUCGCUUCAAAAAUCCUUUGAAGAGAACCUUGACAGAAUGCAAAUUCAAUUACGCUGGGCCAGGACUGACGAAAAAUAAGACUCUGAUGUUCAGAGACGUCGAACCGGAAGAGGAUGUGUACGUGGAACACCAGUUGGUUCCACAAAAAUCGGGAGCACAGAAAAUUAUAGCUACUUUUACUUCGAAAGAACUCGUGGACAUUACAGGCUCUGCUGCCAUCGAUGUUCUCGACGAGGACGAAUAGAAUUCUUGAAACUCUUAUUAUUAUAUUACGUUUUAAUCUUUGAUUUAACUCGAAAUGAUUCAACGCAAACCAGACAAACGUAUAUUACAUAUUUCCUACUGAAUCACUGAGGUUAUGGUCACACAGCGGUGGUCCAUUUCCGGUCGAUGACGAACCGAUUAAAAAUCAUUUUACUUACUUAAUGGCACGCAGCUCGACUGCAGAAGUAAAAGGAUUACGUAGCUGGUUUUUAGACAAAGGUUGAGAUCACAGCUCGGAAGAGAUAGGGAUUACGUAAUCGAAGAAAAUAGCGAUGGCUUAAAAAUAGAUAGGGAACGGAUUAAUUCUCGCGUAGGCUGUUUCUUGGGUUUCAAUCGAUUUUUAUCGUUGAUACGUGAAACGAAAAGAAAUGAUACAUGGCUGUUUUAUAGAAUAUAAAUUAGUGUUUCGUUAGGUACCACCGAAAAUUCGACGAUUGAUUUUACUGCAUUCGACACAGAUUUGAUUAAUUAGUAAGUAAAAAUACAAAUGCAUAUGAGCCUUAGAGAAAAUUAUUAAGGCUCUUUUAAGUGUUGUAAUUUAAUUUUUUUACGUAAUAAAAA